AUGGCGACCGAAUCCUUCUCCGACGUGCAGCAGCGCAAUCGCCUCCCGACGCUCUUUGAAGUCCUCAGUCGUCGGACCCUCGCUCCAGUGGAUCUCUUUUCCUUCUACAUUUAUAUGCGAGAUCAGCAACGGUCCGUGGAUUAUCUGGACUUUUGGCUCGAUGUCUCACAACACAUGUCCCUGUGCCGUCACUAUGUCCGUGAAUUGCGCCGCUCCGUCUUGGUUGCAACCCCCGAUAUGGAGAAGAAUGACAGCAAACGCUCAUCCGCGAUGCUAGAGAACUUGGAGAACCUGAGGGAUAUUUCGCUGGGGGAGGCCGGUCCUUCUCGUCUGCGGGACGGAUUCCAGGAAGACGAGAAGGAAAGAGAUGCCACCCACCGGCUGUCCGCGUUCCUGCGCUCAGAAGGCAACGGUUCGUCUCACUCACCGCAGAACAGUCUGGGAUCUACAUCGGCGUACCGCACCCCAUCCAACGACCAGCAGGCACGUCCCAGCACGGGAACUCGCAACAACGACCACUUCAACUCUCCUGGACACACAGUAGCCCGUCAGGAUAUCCGGGCCAGUGCCGAGAAGAUUCUGUACACUUAUCUGCUCCCUGGCUCCGAACGAGAAAUUGUCUUGCCCGAGACCAUGGUCUCAACCGUCAUUAAUCUUAUCGAGGACGACGGUCGUGACGACCCCGAGGUUUUCGAUCCAGCCAAGGACUAUGUGUUCCAGGCUAUGGAACGCGAUGCCUUCCCAGGAUUCUUGCAGGCCAAGGCUUUGGGGAACAUCGUGCCCUUGAGUAUCCUUAUACGCUUGAUUUUUGCUCUGAUUGCCUUCUUUGGUGGGUUCUGGGGUGCCUUUUAUGUGGUACUGCGGAAUAAGCCCCGCGAUGUUCGUUGCUGGGUGAUCCUCCCAUUUGCUGUUGCAGCAUAUUUCAUCGUUUCGUACCAAUACAAGAUCGACCCUGCCAUGGCAUUCCUGGGCUAUAGCGAAUACACGUUUAUGAACUGGGCGCCAAUUCGCGAGCCCUAUGUCCGCCGUCUCCUGAAUAAGCGUGCUCUGGUGACGAUGCUGGUCGUUUUCAUUACGGCCGCGGCUCUGAGCAUUCUAUUUAUCUUCGUUCCCGGCACCAUGCUGUGA